AGCGCGCGCUCGAGCGCGAGAGAGAGAAAGCUGGCACGAGCCGGGCGCUUGCUGUGUGGACACGGAGGAGUGCAGAGCGAGCAGAAGCGACAGAGCAGGAGAAGUGAAUGGAUGGAAUGACCCGUGAGGAGGAAAGGAGUGCCAAGCGGAUGCACCCACUGCGCGCGAAAAGAAAAACAAGCGCAGCGGCAAUUUAGCCACGAGAAGCGGAGCAAAGCGCACACGCGGAGCUGAUUCAGACGCUCGCGCUCUUUCUCUACCGCGUGAAGACGCAGAAGUGAAGACGUCCAGACGACGAUAAAGGACGAGAGGGGAAGGACCGAAAGAGCAUUGAUUGACAUGACAAGGAGGCGGGGCGCGAAAACAAUGUUUAGACUUGAUUGUUUUGGAAAUCUGGACGGAUAUUUUUAGCGAAGAGGCACAAACGCGAACGGAAGAUAAAAUGCUGUAGCCGGAAAAUAGAGGGAUGGGAAAAGAGAGCGAGUGAGACGCUGAAUUUGGACUAUGUCAGAACCGAUUCCAGAUCAGCUGCGUCCUUGCAGGCAAGAGUCACUGCUGUGUGUAUUUAUGUGUGUGUGUGAAGUAUGACAUCCCUUACAUCAGGCUUAUAUCCACGUGAAAGAUGCUCUGGCUAAAAGUCAGCACUGGACCAUCAAACGGAGAACAAAGUAAAAAAAAGAUGAAUGAGUUUUGGAGUGCAUACGUACAAACGGCUAGCUGUGGUGUCUCUUUUAGCUAGUUUUUCGGGGACCCCCAAAAGACUCAGGAGGACUUUGCCUCAGGAGGAUUUCACCUCAGGAGGAUUUCAACAGGAUCCCUUCCUGCCUCAUUCAUUCGGACUCGCUCUUCUGAACUGCAACAGUGGCUUUGGAUAUUGCAGACUGUUCCUAGCCAGACAAACUGUGGGCAUUUUGAUCAGGUGGACUGAGAGGGGGCUCAGUUGAGAAAGAGAGAGAGAGAGAGAGAGAGAGAGAGAGAGAGAGAGAGAGAGAGAGAGAGAGAGAGGAAAUAGCCUGGGGAUUUCGCCUAAGGGCUUCUAUAAAGUUGCCAGUGGGUAUGAAGACACGUACAUUUUGGUUAGCAUAGAGAGCUGUGUCCAUUUAUGUGCAUUCAAAAGCUUGCAUAGGUUUUACAUAAUAUUAAAGUGGACUAUAAAGUCCAAGUGCAUUAAAAUUGUAUACUUUGAUCUAACAUUGAGGGAAUUAUGUGUAGGUGUUAGAAUAGCUUACUGAGGGCUUGUGGGUUGUUCCUGUUUUUUUUUUUUUUUUUAAGUUAGAUCGGUAUUUAGGUGGUCAGUAUUGUGCCUCUCUCUGUCCUGCUGGAGCCCCAUGAGGGCCCCGGCCGUGGAGGCCUGGCUGGGAGAUGAAGCCGUCCCCCCUGCUGCUCUAGCAGCUCUGUGGGCCCUCAUGGCUCUGGAAGGCCGCUGCCUGCGCCCUGCUUCACCCUCACCGGGCCAACGCAGGGCCCGUCGUCGUCCCACCCGACCUAGAACAUCACAAGGUGGUUUGUCCCGCCUUACCGUCACCCUCCUGACACAGACUCGCCUUCACGGUUUACGGCACAUCUGUGCCCCUUCGAGUUCUCUCAGCCGUCGGGCGAUAUGGAUGUUAGCGUUCUGUACUUCUCUGGGUCUUCUGUUGUCUUGGUCAUCAAAUCGCCUACUUCACUGGCUAGCCUUCCCCACGCACACGAGAGUCCACACAGAGUGGGCGAGGGAACUUGCCUUUCCGACAGUCACCAUCUGUAACAAUAACCCUGUGCGCUUGUAUCACCUCACCAAGAGUGAUCUGUACUUUGCGGGUCACUGGCUCGGACUGCUGCUGGCCAAUCGCACAGCCAGGCCCCUGGUGUUGGACCUGCUUCAAGAUGACAAGCAGGCCUGGUUCAGCAAGCUGUCAGAUUUCCGUCUUUUCCUGCCACCACGACGUUUUGAGGGCACCAGCUUGGACUUCAUGGACCGACUGGGUCACCAGCUGGACGACAUGCUGCUGGGAUGCAAGUACCGUGGAGAACCCUGCGGAGCUCACAACUUCUCUACUGUGUUUACACGCUAUGGGAAGUGUUACACGUUCAACGCUGCAGAAGAAGGCAAGACUUUGAGGACCACAAUGAAAGGAGGUACAGGCAAUGGCCUGGAGAUCAUGUUGGACAUCCAGCAAGAUGAAUACUUACCUGUGUGGGGAGAAACAGAAGAGACCGCGUUUGAAGCAGGUAUAAGGGUGCAGAUCCACAGUCAGUCAGAGCCUCCUUUUGUUCAUGAACUUGGUUUUGGAGUCGCCCCGGGCUUUCAGACCUUCGUGGCAACCCAGGAGCAGAGAUUAACCUAUCUUCCACCUCCAUGGGGCGAGUGUGUGUCCAGAGCCCUGGAAUCAGGCCUCUUCGAGGUGUACAGCGUCUCUGCCUGCCGAAUAGAGUGUGAGACACGCUACAUCGUAGAGAACUGCAACUGCAGGAUGGUAUACAUGCCUGGUGAUUCUCCAUACUGCACACCUGAGCAGUAUAAAGACUGUGCUGAACCUGCUCUCGCUGCUUUGUCGGCUGUUGAAGGCACUAACUGCGUCUGCCGGAGCCCGUGCAACAUGACCCGAUACAACAAAGAGCUCUCCAUGGUUAAGAUCCCCAGCAAAACCUCUGCACGCUACCUGGAAAAGAAGUUCAACAAAUCUGAGAAGUAUAUCACGGAUAAUAUCCUAGUACUGGAUGUGUUCUUUGAAGCUCUGAAUUAUGAGACAAUAGAACAGAAGAAGGCUUAUGAAGUGGCAGGUCUACUAGGUGAUAUUGGUGGUCAGAUGGGCUUGUUUAUCGGUGCAAGCAUCCUUACCAUUCUGGAGCUCUUUGAUUAUGCGUACGAGGUGGUGAAGGAGAGACUGUUGGACAUGUUAAACCGAGAGGAGGAGGAGGAGAGUCGUGGAGAGGAUGUGAGUACCUGUGAUCCUGUGGUGAACCAUUCGGAAACAAUCAGUCACUCGGUCAGUGUUCCUCUACAGACCACCCUGGGCACCCUAGAGGAGAUAGCCUGUUGAGUGCAUUUACUCUCAACACCACCAGGGGGAGCCAUGAAAUCUGCCUUUCACUCUUUCAAGACAGGCUUAGGACCCAUGGGGUUAAGGGGUAAGAGAAAACAAGGAAAAGAGCUUGAGUUUCUUUUUCUCUCUCUAACCUUUCAAACGGUUGUGAUAUCAUUUGGCGCAAAAAAGACAACUGGAAGCCAAGCUUCUUAAGCAACAUGAGGACCUCGAAGUUUCUCACAAACACCAUCUGUUUGUUCUGGACUGAUGAAGGAAAUCAGAAGCUUGUGGACCUGUCAGGACGACCCCUUGUAAACAAACACACACGAAAAAAACACGAGCAUGUGGGGAACUGCAAACGCGUAAGGCCUCAGUAUGUCCUCGCAUUCUGCCCGGUCGCCAUUUUGAAGUCUACUGCCAAAAACACUGUAAAUUAUUAACCACACGAAAUGUUGUGAAACUGUUCUAACUGUGCACGUGUCGAUUUCAUGCGUUACAAUGCAGUUUUCUCAAUCGUCAUCCUUUUCGCACACACAGACUGAACUGCCUUCUUGUGCUGUUUGUUUGCUAUGUGUUUCUGCAUUUGAAUUGGCUUGUUGAGGUAUCAUUCAUGCAUUAUAAAAUCGAAAGCCUUUUUCCUUAUUUUUAGCGCAAGCUAAAAAACUAAAAUGGGCUGCACUGCAAUGGCAGCAAAUAUGAGUAUAUUAUGGCUAUGAAUGGCUCUUCAAGUAGAUUUAAGAACAGAGAGAGUGACGAAUAAAAAGGAAGGAGAUUAUACUGA